AUGGAGAGGCAGGAAUUGACCACAACUGAAAAUGGCAGCGAGGAGUGUGAAACAGAGAAUGGGGGUCAGGAGGAGGGAGGGUGGAUGGAUGACGAGAUGGUGGUCGAUGGAGACAUGGAGGAUUGGAAUGGAUUUAUUUCAGGAGGAAUCGUGUCGGGACAGGCAGAGCAAGGGGAGGCAGUCGCUGAAUGGAGACCUGGUGAACCCGUAACCCCACAGCAUGUUUUAAAGCUCAACAGUUACACUAAGGAGUACCUGUGUUCACCAGAAGACAACAUCUACAAUGUAAACUUCUCUCGCUUCAAGAUCAGGGACCUGUGCAGCGGAGCGGUCAUCCUAGACAUAAAGAAACACAGUCCAACAGAAAUUCAAGAUGUCAUUGAUCUUGAUACAAACCGAUUUAUCCAGUAUCACUUCUCCCCUGUCUUCCUGAGCCUCAGAGAGAUCGGAGCUACGUUGGAGUUCACAGUGGGCAGCAAGGCACUGAACCGCUUCCGUCUGAUCGAAAGACAUUUUUUCAGAAACCUCCUGCUCAAAACCUUUGACUUUGAGAUCGGCUUCUGCAUCCCACACAGCAGAAACACCUGUGAGCACAUCUACUGCCUACCUGACCUGGAGCCUGAGACAGUUGAGGAAAUAAUUUCCAAUCCAUUCGAGACGCGCUCCGACAGCUUUUACUUUGUCAACAACAAGCUGAUCAUGCAUCACAAAGCGGAGUACUCCUUCAGCCCGCAGAGAGGAAGUGGCACAUCCAGGGAAAGUGUCUUUGAAUGGGAUCAGUAA